AUGGCUCGUCAGGAGCAACCUGGGGAUCGCGGGAGCGACGAGGCCGAGAGGCUGCAUCCAGACGGUCCGUUUGAAGCCAAUCACAUCAACGGCCAAGCUAACGGCCAUGCGGAGAGUCAUGAAGGGAGUCGAAUGCUAAACGGAGAUUCUCACGUCGUGGUUGACGUUGACGGUAGCGUUAGCGGUAUCGCACUGUCGACCAAUGGAGCAGAGACUUCCGGGAAGCAUUCAGCGAGGGAUAGAGGCGGAAGAGGCGAUGGGGGGGAGGAGGGGGGAGAAGGGGAAGAUUGUGGCAGUGAAGGAGGAGGGGGAGGAGGAGGGAGAGGAGUGGGGGGCGUGUAUCAACGCAAGAGCAAGGUGAUGGAUAAAUGCCACACGAUGAGCGGAUACAACAGGAAGAACAUCACCGAUACAAUCACAGUCAAGUUCAAGGACGUGCGCUACAAGGUUCAAACCGCCAAGGCGGGUUCCUGGGAUCCGCGCCACUCCUGUCUCCCCACGCUCCCGGCCCUCCCCGCGGUGCUCACCUCCAAGCGCGGGGGAACCGCAGGCGGGGGAGGCGCUGUGGGAGGCGCUGGGGGAGGCGCGGAAGCGGGGGCGGCGGGGAAAGCGGGCGCGGAGGUGCGGGAGAAGGAGAUUCUGCACGGGAUAAGCGGGAGUGUGGCGCCGGGGGAGGUGCUGGCGAUGAUGGGGCCGUCGGGGGGAGGCAAGACGACGUUUCUGAACGUGCUGGGGGGGCGGUUCAAGCAGGGCAACAUGGCGGGCACGCUCACUUACAACGACCUGCCUUAUAGCAAGGCGCUCAAGAGAAAGCUCGGCUUCGUGAAUCAGGAUGACAUCUUCUUCCCGCACCUCAUUUUGCGCGAGACCCUCAUUUUACGCUGCUGUGCUGCGCCUGCCCAAGGAGCUCACCUCCCUCUCUCCCUCUCCCUGGUUCCCCCUUCUGCUUCUCUCGUUUCCUUACUGUUUCCCCCGUCUGCCUGCCACCCCCUCAGGCUUGAAUUUGUGACUCAGGAUGAUAAAUUCUUCCCACACCUGACUGUACAGGAGACCCUCAUGCUGGGGUUCGUGACGCAGGACGAUAUAUUCUUCCCUCACCUCACGGUCCGCGAGACCCUCAUGUAUGCUGCUGUGCUGCGCCUGCCCAAGGAGCUGAGCUGGGCGGAGAAGGUGCAGCGUGCUGAUGAGACCAUCACAGAGCUGGGCCUUGAUAACUGGGCGGACAAGGUGCAGCGUGCUGAUGAGACCAUCACUGCGCUGGGGCUUGAUAACUGGGCGGACAAGGUGCAGCGUGCUGAUGAGACCAUUACUGCGCUGGGGCUUGAUAAAUGUCGCAAUACAGUGAUUGGAGGGCCAUUCCUCCGCGGCAUAUCCGGGGGGGAGCGCAAGCGAGUGAGCAUCGGGCAUGAGAUCCUCAUCAACCCCUCCAUGCUGCUGCUCGAUGAACCCACGUCUGGUCUCGACUCUACCACGGCUCUCCGCAUCAUUCAAGUCAUUCAAAACCUCGCCAAAUCGGGCCGAACCGUUGUUACUACCAUUCACCAGCCGUCCUCCAGGCUGUUCCACGCGUUUGAUAAGCUGCUGCUCUUAUCGGAGGGCAACGCGAUUUUUUUCGGGCAGGCUGCGGACGCGAUGGGGUAUUUCGGGCGGUUGGGAUUUGAGCCGCUGUUUGCGAUGAACCCGGCGGAUUUCCUGCUGGAUUUGGCGACGGGGACGACGGCGGAUGUGCGGUUGCCGGGUGUGUUUGGGGAGAGCGAGGAGUGGCAGGAGAAGAGCGUUCUGGAGCAACAACACGACGUGAAGGAGUUCGUGGCUCGAGCGCACAGGGAGCAGCAGCAGCCGCUGGUGCAUGCUGAGCUGGCGGGGCUGCCCACCAGCUCAGAUGCCGACCAGAAGAGCGUGCUGCAGCGGCGGGGGUGGACGGCGCCGUGGCUGCUGCAGUUCUCGGUGCUGUGGACGCGCGGGCUCAAGGAAAGGAGACACGAAGUGUUAUCACCCCUUAGGUUCUACCAGGUGACGGCGCUGGGCUUCAUCUGUGGCAUGCUGUGGUUUGGGUCGGAGCGCAACACUGCCACAGAGAUUCAGGACCAGGUCGGACUGCUCUUCUUCAUCUCCAUCUUCUGGGGCUUCUUCCCUCUCUUUGCCGCCAUCUUCACCUUCCCCCAGGAGCGCUCCAUUCUAGCCAAGGAGAGGGCGAGUGACAUGUACCAGCUGUCAGCCUACUACCUCAGCCGCCAGCUCUCUGACCUCCCCAUGGAGUGGCUGCUCCCCACACUCUUCCUCCUCAUCUGCUACUUCAUGGCGAACCUCAAGCUCACUGCAGCGGCCUUCUUUGGCCUCCUCUUCUCAACCUACCUCAUCGUCACCACGGCUCAGGGCUGCGGGCUCUUUUUAGGAGCAGCAGUGAUGGACGUGAAGGUUGCAACGACACUCGCGUCAGUCCUCCUCCUCACCUUCAUGCUCGCAGGAGGAUACUACCUGCAAACCAUCCCCGCCUUCAUCGCAUGGAUCAAGUACAUCUCCUUCACCUACUACGCGUACCGCCUCAUCAUCAAGACCCAGUUCUCGCCCUCCGAUACCUUUGAAUGCGGCCCGCCAAGCGAUCCGAGUGCCAUCAUCUGCCCGAUUUCGGACGCGCCGUCGUUCCGGGGGUUCUCGCUGGGAGACGCGUGGGUGGAUGUGCUGGCGUUGCUGGCGCAGGUGGUGUUUUAUCGCACGCUUGGCAUCCUCCUCAUCACCAUCCCCAUGAUCACCCUCGUUCUCCCCUCCCGCAUCCCACUCAUUAUCCUCCUCCUAACAUCAUUCGUCCUCGUCACUAUCCUCCUCGUCCUCCUCUUCCAUAUCACCCACAGCAUCCUCCUCAUCCUCAUCAUCCUCCCCUCCUCCCCCAUCAUCCUCGUCGUCAUCAAGCUCCCCAAUGGCAAUCCCUUCGGGGGGUGUGGGGCAUGGGGUGUGGGGCAUGGGGUGUGGGGCAUGGGGUGUGGGGCAUGGGGUGUGGGGCAUGGGGUGUGGGGCAUGGGGUGUGGGGCAUGGGGUGUGAGGCAUGGGGUGUGGGGCAUGGGGUGUGGGGCAUGGGGUGUGGGGCAUGGGGUGUGGGGCAUGGGGUGUGGGGCAUGGGGUGUGGGGCAUGGGGUGUGGGGCAUGGGGUGUGGGGCAUGGGGUGUGGGGCAUGGGGUGUGGGGCAUGGGGUGUGGGGCAUGGGGUGUGGGGCAUGGGGUGUGGGGCAUGGGGUGUGGGGCAUGGGGUGUGGGGCAUGGGGUGUGGGGCAUGGGGUGUGGGGCAUGGGGUGUGGGGCAUGGGGUGUGGGGCAUGGGGUGUGGGGCAAGGGGUGUGGGGCAUGGGGUGUGGGGCAAGGGGUGUGGGGCAUGGGGUGUGGGGCAUGGGGUGUGGGGCAUGGGGUGUGGGGCAUGGGGUGUGGGGCAUGGGGUGUGGGGCAUGGGGUGUGGGGCAUGGGGUGUGGGGCAUGGGGUGUGGGGCAUGGGGUGUGGGGCAAGGGGUGUGGGGCAUGGGGUGUGGGGCAUGGGGUGUGGGGCAUGGGGUGUGGGGCAUGGGGUGUGGGGCAUGGGGUGUGGGGCAUGGGGUGGGGGCAUGGGGUGUGGGGCAUGGGGUGUGGGGCAUGGGGUGUGGGGCAUGGGGUGUGGGGCAUGGGGUGUGGGGCAUGGGGUGUGGGGCAUGGGGUGUGGGGCAUGGGGUGUGGGGCAUGGGGUGUGGGGCAUGGGGUGUGGGGCAUGGGGUGUGGGGCAUGGGGUGUGGGGCAUGGGGUGUGGGGCAUGGGGUGUGGGGCAUGGGGUGUGGGGCAUGGGGUGUGGGGCAUGGGGUGUGGGGCAUGGGGUGUGGGGCAUGGGGUGUGGGGCAUGGGGUGUGGGGCAUGGGGUGUGGGGCAUGGGGUGUGGGGCAUGGGGUGUGGGGCAUGGGGUGUGGGGCAUGGGGUGUGGGGCAUGGGGUGUGGGGCAUGGGGUGUGGGGCAUGGGGUGUGGGGCAUGGGGUGUGGGGCAUGGGGUGUGGGGCAUGGGGUGUGGGGCAUGGGGUGUGGGGCAUGGGGUGUGGGGCAUGGGGUGUGGGGCAUGGGGUGUGGGGCAUGGGGUGUGGGGCAUGGGGGGUGUGGGGCAUGGGGUGUGGGGCAUGGGGUGUGGGGCAUGGGGUGUGGGGCAUGGGGUGUGGGGCAUGGGGUGUGGGGCAUGGGGUGUGGGGGGCAUGGGGUGUGGGGCAAUGGGGUGUGGGGCAUGGGUGUGGGGCAAGGGGUGUGGGGCAUGGGGUGUGGGGCAUGGGGUGUGGGGCAUGGGGUGUGGGGCAUGGGGUGUGGGGCAUGGGGUGUGGGGCAUGGGGUGUGGGGCAUGGGGUGUGGGGCAUGGGGUGUGGGGCAUGGGGUGUGGGGCAUGGGUGUGGGGCAUGGGUGUGGGGCAAUGGGGUGUGGGGCAUGGGGUGUGGGGCAUGGGGUGUGGGGCAUGGGGUGUGGGGCAUGGGGUGUGGGGCAUGGGGUGUGGGGGCAUGGGGUGUGGGGCAUGGGGUGUGGGGCAUGGGGUGUGGGGCAUGGGGUGUGGGGCAUGGGGUGUGGGGCAUGGGGUUGUGGGGCAUGGGGUGUGGGGCAUGGGGUGUGGGGCAUGGGGGUGUGGGGCAUGGGGUGUGGGGCAUGGGGUGUGGGGCAUGGGGUGUGGGGCAUGGGGUGUAGGGCAUGGGGUGUGGGGCAUGGGGUGUGGGGCAUGGGGUGUGGGGCAUGGGGUGUGGGGCAUGGGGUGUGGGGCAUGGGGUGUGGGGCAUGGGGUGUGGGGCAUGGGGUGUGGGGCAUGGGGUGUGGGGCAUAGGGUGUGGGGCAUGGGGUGUGGGGCAUGGGGUGUGGGGCAUGGGGUGUGGGGCAUGGGGUGUGGGGCAUGGGGUGUGUGGCAUGGGGUGUGGGGCAUGGGGUGUGGGGCAUGGGGUGUGGGGCAUGGAGCAUGUGGCGUGUGGUGCGCAUGGGAAUGA